GUUUGGGCGUUAUGACCAGUAACAAAGGAAAAAUGCAUCGUCUAUUAGCGUUAUUGCUUAGCUGCCUGGCUAUUGGCCAGAUUGGAGCUGCCAGUGUUAGCUCGCCAUUUGAUCCUUUUGAGCACGAGGGACGUAUUGUGGGUGGCGAAGAGACCACCAUAGCAGCUCAUCCGUAUCAGGUUUCGCUGCAGAACAAACGUGGCUCACAUUUCUGUGGUGGCAGUUUGGUCAGCAAGAAUAUUGUCGUUACAGCUGCCCAUUGCCUGCAGAGCUAUAAGGUGUCCAAUAUUCGUGUCCGAUUGGGUUCGACACUCUACAAUGAGGGCGGCAUUUUGGUAGAAGUUGAGGCUUUGGCCUACCAUGAGGGCUACAGUACCUCGACCUUGGAAUACGAUGUGGGUAUUCUGAAAUUGGCCCAAGAUGUUGAGGAAACUGAUGACAUACGUUACAUCAAAUUGGCUGAGGUAACGCCAGCCAAUGGCACGCCGGCUGUGGUCACUGGAUGGGGUACAAAAUGCUAUUUCUGGUGCAUGUCUUUGCCCAAGACUUUGCAGGAGGUUAUUGUAUAUAUUUUGGACUGGCGCACUUGUGGCUCGGAGGACUAUAAAUAUGGACCCAUUGUCUAUGAUACUAUGGUCUGUGCCUAUGAAAAGGGCAAGGAUGCUUGCCAGGGAGAUUCGGGUGGGCCGUUGGUGGCUGACGAUGAAUUAGUUGGCAUUGUCUCUUGGGGCUAUGGUUGUGCUUCUUCCUUGAUGCCUGGUGUCUAUGCUGACGUGGCCACUCUUCGUGAAUGGAUACUGAACACAAUUAAAAGUUUAGAAUAAAAAGAUAAAGAAGCUGAAUGUA